GGAAAGCAGAAGGACAGGGGCCAGAGCCCUGGGAGUAGUAGAACGACAUCCCAGCUCAAGACAGCCACCUUGCCUCUGCUCUGCUCUCUGCUACUGCACAGUUUGAUACCUGGGGUGUCCUACCCCUGCCUCAUCUGGCCAUCUUUCCCCUGGAAUCCAGCCUAUUGCUCCUCCCUCUUUUCAGGCCUCCCUCUUGGUGGUCUCCUUUCCUCUGAACUUCCUCCCUCUACCUUUCUCCUUGCAGAAUUUCUCUUCUGUUCCUCAAACCCCCACCCCCUUUUCUGACCUCCUUCUUUUGGAGGGUUCAGCCUGGCCCAGGUCAUAGGGGAGAUGUGGGAGCCCCAGUUCCUGGUUUUGCUGCUUCUGCAACUGCUGUUGAUGGCUCCAGUGGAGGCUCCAGACCCUGGGAAAGAGGUCCUGGUGGUAUGGGCUCAGGAGGGGACUCCUGCCCACCUCCCCUGCAGACCUACAAUUCCCCUCCAGAACCGGGGCCUUCUGCGGAGAGGAGGGGUCACUUGGCAGCAUCAACCAGACAGUGGACUGCUUGCUCCUGCCCCAGGCCGUCCCUUGGCUAAAGGCUUCUUUGGCCAGGUGGUGCCCUCACCCCAGGGCAUGGGGUCCCAACGCUACACGGUGCUGAGCGUGGCUCCCGGGGGCCUACGAAGCGGGAGGCUGCCUCUACAGCCACGUUUCCAGCUGGAGGAACGCGGCCUCCAACGCGGGGACUUCUCCCUGUGGCUGCGCCCGGUUCUGCGAGCCGACGCUGGCGAGUACUACGCUGCGGUGCGCCUCAGGGACCGCACCCUCGCCUGCCAUCUCCGUCUGCGCGUGGGCCAGGGCUCUAUGACUGCCAGCCCCAAAGGAUCUCUCAGGACUUCAGACUGGGUCAUUUUGAACUGCUCUUUCAGCCGCCCUGACCGUCCAGCCUCUGUGCGCUGGUUCCGGGGCCAAAGCCAAGUCCCUGUCCAGAAGUCCACACAUCACCAUUUAGCUGAAAGCUUCCUCUUCCUGCCUCAAGUCAGCCCCUUGGACUCUGGAACCUGGGGCUGUAUUAUUACCUACAAUGAUGGCUUCAAUGUCUCCAUCAUGUACAACCUCACCGUUCUGGGUCUUGAGCCUCCAGUGCCCUUGACAGUGUAUGCUGGAGCAGGUUCCAGGGCUGAACUGCCUUGCCACCUGCCUCCUGGUGUGGGAACCCAGUCCUCCCUCAUCGCCAAGUGGUCUCCUCCUGGGGCAGGCCCUGACCUCCUGGUGGCUGGAGACAAUGGCAACUUCACUCUUCAACUAGAGGCUGUGAGCCUGGCCCAGGCUGGGACCUACACCUGCCACAUCCAUCUACAGGGGCAGCAGCUCAGUGCCACCAUCACUUUGGCAGUCAUCACAGUGACUCCUAAAUCCUUUGGGUUACCUGGCUCCCUGGGGAAACUGCUAUGUGAGGUGACUCCAGCAUCAGGACAAGAGCGCUUUGUGUGGAGCCCCCUGGACAGGAGAUCCAGGAGUUCCUCAGGACCCUGGUUGGAGUUGCAAGAGGCCAGGCUCCUUUCCCAGCCCUGGCAAUGCCAGCUGUACCAGGGGGAGAAGCUUCUUGGAGCAGUGGUGUACAUCCCAGAGCUGUCUUCUACAGGUGCCCAGCGCUCUGGGAGAGCCUCAGGUGCCCUCAAGGCAGGAUAUCUCUCUCUUCUCAUUCUUGGUACCCUCUCAUUGCUUCUUUUGGUGACUGGAGCCCUUGGCUUUCACCUUUGGAGAAGACAGUGGAGGCCCAGAAGAUUUUCUGCUUUAGAGCAUGAGAUUCACCCUCAGUCUCAGAGCAAAACAGAGGAACCUGAGCAAGAACCAGAGACAGAGAUGGAGGUGGAGCUGGAGCCAGAGACAGAGCUGGAGCUAGAGCCUGAGCCCGAGCCUGAGUCCGAGCUGGAGCCAAGGCAUUUCUGACCUGGGGCUGAGGCAACCAGCAGAUCUCAGCAGCUCAGUCCAAAUAAAUUCCCUGUCAG